AAACUCCACAGAUGCUAAUUAUUAAAACACAUGUCACACUAUCAACACGAAAAGUGAAAAAUCAUGUCUAACAAAGAUAAACAACAUUUAUAAAACUACAUUCACACCAGUUCACACCAACUCACAGACACAAUGCCACACCUCUCAAGGUGGUUCGCAUAUACCGCCCUCCUCGGUGGGGGCAUUGCCGGUAUAAUUAUGGCUGAAGGAAAGAAGAUUGCAAUGUGUGGAUUUGCUUUGUAUGCCAUACAUGGGGCAUUCGGUUUUUUAGAAAUCCUUACAAACAAUGACACAUUUUAUUCAUUGAAUAGAGACUACACAGUCGUUCUAUCAUCAGCCCUGUGUCAAGGUUUAAUAACAACAGACUACUGCAUUAUGUCAGGUCUCGAAGCAAAAAAAUCAUGUGGCUUGAAUUUGGUCUGCCCAGUACUUUAUCUAUUGGUGGUGUAUAUCAUAAGAAAUGGUGACUUGUACUUUAUCGGAGAUCUAGGCCAUGGAAUAAGCUGUGUUGUGUGUGCAUACUACGGCUUUGAUAAAAGCCAAUACAUGGCAUAUAUUGUCUCGUUAUUUUAUGUCAUCAUACAUUUUUCAAAACUGUAUUACAAUGAGUCGUGGAUUCUGGCUGGAAUAACGUCCUUCUGUGCUGGUAUGCUUCUGGCAGGAAAAGAUUUCAGCACACUAUUCAAAUAACUGGGUUUUGAAACAAAUUAUCAUGUUGCAAUUUUUGUGUGAAAAAAAAGAAGUUUACUUUUCAAUGCCAAACACCACAAAUUCAUGGGAAUAUAGGAAAUUUAAAGAGAUCAACUGUUUAAUUAGUGAAAGAAAAGGCUUAUAAGAAGAGAAAGAGCUACUUCAGUUAUGCCCAGUGAAGUUAUGUUAAUAAUGCACCAUAAUGAAAUAAAGAGCUGUGAAAACAUGGAUGCACCAUAAUUUUUCAAAACAAAAAACAUAAAACAAUAAAAAACAAUUUAUUUAACAUUG